AUGGUGCGUGAGGUUGCUUUAAGAGUCGAUGGUGCUCCAUGUAUGGGAGAAUAUAUGAAAGGAUUUGUUGCUAUUCGCCCUUCAGAUGCUUUCUUUUGGAACAAGGAAUAUCUGGAGAGGUUUUAUAAAACACAAAGUGCAGAUACAAAGGAAAAAAUUCCUGGUUAUUAUUACAUGCAGAAGAUUAUCGAGUUUGAUUGUGAUCAUACUGAGUCUGGUGAGCUAUACCGUGAGUAUGUUAAGCAUGGCUGUCUUGAGAAGAAAAAUCAGUUGUGUGACUGGUGCAAAGAGCACAAUUUUGUUGGACCAUCCUGUGGUCGCAUUCCUAGACCAUUUCCCAAUUACAAUAAAGAUGACUUUCAUUAUCUUGACGUGUUUGACACUCCGAUGAAAAUAGAUGGCAAACCAAGAUCCCCUGAUGACAUGCAGCCGAGGGCAAAUAUUAAAAAACUAGUGAAGGACAAGAAGUUAAUCCUUGGCGACAACAGUAUUGAAGUUUUCUCAAAGAAGUUCAUAAUUCCUGAGACACAAGUAAUUGAGGCUGUGAAGCAUAUACAAGAGAACGCAGUUGCUGCAAAUUUACGGAACGAAGAAAGAAAGAAAAGAACAAAGGAAAAAAGGGGAAAAAAAUUCGCCGACUAUGAUUGGAAAGCAUUGAUUGAAGAGGGAAAGUUAAGCGAUCUGCAUGUGUACGAGCUGGAUAAGUACUUGAAGGCGUAUAAUUAAAUAAGCGAACUGGAUAAGUACUUGAAGGCGUAAUAUUAAAUAAGCGAACAAAAAAGGACAAGAUCAACAUGAUUAUAUCUCACUUUAAUAAGAAUGUAUAUUGUGAAGGAGCAGUUGUUGCGGACGAGGUACCAUCUAGUGAAAACGACAGUGAUUCUGAAAAUGAGUUGCUAGAUUUAAAUGAAACAUGGCCUUCCGACUCAGACUUUAACAAUACCGAUUCGACUGAUGCCGACGAAGCAGAACAGGCGUGA